AUGAUUACGUGGGAUGUGAUUUCUCACACUAUCGAAUUCACUGGGAAGUCCAACCCGAACUAUGGACGCUCGUCGGCUACUACUGCUAUUACUACUACGACUGCGAGUUCUGUCACGACUACUACCACUACUAAGUCCGUCGAUGCAUUAUCGGUGGCUCUCGCGGAAGCUGAGAAGAAAGUUAAGGAAAGCUCCAAAGAGUUGGAGAACAAGGCUAGGGUUGAGGCGUCGAAGUCGCCGAUGGACAUAAUCAGGGAGCUGCAACAGUUCGCCCCGAAGAGGGGAUCAGCUACAAUAUCAGCGAAGGGCGUUGAGGUUUCCUCCCUUCCUAAGUUCGAUCAUGUUCCCAAUUGGAGAGAUCUGCUCGGGGCUGACGACGAGGGCCCGUUCGCAUCCGAUGAUGUGGUAGUAUAG